CGAGUAUGAGAGAGAGAGACAAAAAGAGAGAAACUUGCGCACUUGGACUCGAGUUGUAUAGUGUGGGAAAAUAUCGCACACGCGCGCGUCUUGUGCUUAAACUGAGACCUGACAUCCCACACGCAGGUCCAGCUGCGGAUGUUCAACAUCUGUUUUGUCUGGAGUUGAUUCCACUUUUUAUAAAGGGAAAAUCCGGGAAAAUUUCCAUCAUUAGUAAAAACUAAAGAAAGGUUCACUAAGGAAACAGUCCCACUUUUGAGUGUUCCACACAGAAUGGAUUUGCCGGUUCUGGUUUUAGCGGCGGUGGUCCUGUCUUUUGCGUCCAGCACUAAACUGAAUGUGCCGCGCCUUCGACUGUCAUAUAAAGAUCUGCUGGCCACAAACCGUACAGCAGUCUUCAGCGGUUUACGUGGUGAUUUGCACUUGUCAGCUGUGUUUUUGGAUGAAUAUCAUGACAGGCUUUUUCUGGGAGGAAAAGAUGUUUUGUACUCACUGAGACUGGAUCAUACACAUGAUGCUAAAGAGAUUCAUUGGCCAUCGUUGCCUGGUAACCGUGAGGACUGUAUUCUCAAAGGGAAAGAUCCUGAGACAGAGUGUGCAAACUUUAUACGAUUGCUGCAGCCAUUCAACCGCACUCAUCUGCUGGCCUGUGGCACCGGAGCGUUUCAACCUGUGUGUGCGUACGUAAAUGUCGGACAUCGCGGAGAGCAUGUGUUCAGUUUGGAUCGUACCACGGUGCAGAACGGGAGGGGGAAAUGUCCUCAUGACCCUAAACUACCCUUUGCAAGCACCUUCACAGGUGGAGAACUGUACACAGGUCUGACAGCUGACUUUCUGGGUAGAGACUCAGUGAUUUUGAGGAGUUUAGGGUCUCGCUCAACCAUGAAAACAGAGACAGAUCAGCGAAUCCUGCACGAGCCCAGGUUUGUUGCGGCUCACCUCAUUCCUGACAGCGCAGACAGAGAUGAUGAUAAAAUUUAUUUCUUCUUCACUGAGAGAGCUGCAGAGACGGCAGAGAGAGACGAUGAAGGAGCCAUACACACGCGCAUUGGACGAGUGUGUGCGAAUGAUGUGGGUGGCCAGAGGGCUCUGGUGAACAAGUGGAGCACAUUUAUUAAAGCCCGGCUGGUGUGUUCUGUUCCCGGACCUCACGGCAUCCAAACACACUUUCACCAGCUUGAGGAUGUGUUCCUGUUAAGGACUAAAGAUGAAACUAAUCCAGAGAUAUAUGCAAUAUUCAGCACCAUCAGUAAUGUGUUUCAGGGCUAUGCUGUGUGUGUGUAUAGUAUGGCUGACAUCCGUGAAGCCUUUAAUGGGCCAUUUGCUCAUAAAGAGGGACCGGAUUAUCAGUGGGGACCUUAUGAAGGACGAGUCCCUUAUCCACGACCAGGAGUGUGCCCCAGUAAGAUCACAGCCCAGCCUGGCCGUGCCUUCCGCAGCACGCUGGAGUUUCCGGACGCAGUACUCCAGUUCGCACGGACGCACCCGCUAAUGUGGCGUCCAGUUUACCCCUCACAGCGACAGCCACUUCUGCUCCGCACGGGUGCGCCAUACAAACUCACACAAAUUACUGUAGACCGCACGCAAGCUGAGGAUGGAUACUAUGAUGUCAUGUUCAUUGGCACUGAUGUUGGCACGGUGCUAAAGGUUAUCGUAUUGGGAAAUGGUAACUUGCUCAACGCUGAAGAAAUUACACUAGAGGAACUGCAAGUGUUCAAGGUUCCCACUCCCAUAAUCUCUAUGGAUAUAUCUGUGAAGAGGCAAACUCUCUUCGUGGGCUCAGAUACAGGUGUGAUUCAGGUGCCUCUGCACCGCUGCAGUAUGUAUGGUAAAGCUUGUGCCGAGUGCUGUCUGGCUCGAGAUCCCUACUGCGCUUGGGACGGACACUCAUGCACACCCUACCUGCCAAACACGAAACGCCGAUACCGCAGACAGGACAUUAAACACGCAAACCCUGCAGUGCAAUGCAUGGACCAAAACCUCAGCGUGGAUGAUCUGGAUAUGACUGAAGAACAGGUUGUUUAUGGCACUGAAAACAACAGCACAUUUUUGGAGUGUGUCCCCCGAUCACCACAGGCCACCGUCACCUGGCACAUUCAGAGAGAUGACUACUUAGAGGAGGUGGUAAUAGAUGAACGAAUUACCAAGACAGAUGAUGGUUUGUUGUUUCGCCGUGUGCUCCGUCACGACGAAGGCAUCUAUGUGUGCCGAUCUCGGGAACAUGCAUUUACACAAACCCUCGCUCGCUUCUGGUUGGAUGUUUUACACGCCGACACUCUGUCGAACCUCCUAUCACAUGACAGCAAAUAUAAAGUGUGGUCACCGUGCCCUGGCCACAUGUCUUCUAAUCGUACCCCAGCAAGAGCGUGGUUUAAGGACGUCUUGCAGCUGAUUGGUCCUUCGAACCUACCGCAGGUGGAGCAGUACUGCGAGCGUGUUUGGUGUAAUGAAAAGCUGAGAAGGAAACACAAGAGCAUGAUGGACAAAUAUCGGCAAGCGCACGACUCUGCGAAGAAAGCACGGGUCCAAAAGAGCGCCGGGGAGCGAAUCCGAUCUCCACGGGAUCUCCGCACGGCAGAGUAAAAUAAAGACUUAUAAGUAUGGACUUUUAAUGGAAAAGUGGACUUUUACAUAGCAGCACACAGCCAUUAACUUUGCCUGACUGACACAAACACAUUUUUUUUGUUCAUGGUGAUUUUAUUUAUGAAUAUUAUAGGUGUAGCGUGUCCCACUGUUGUUUCGGUUGAUGAGGGAGUUCUGCAUUGUCCUCUGACUGAUGCUGUGACCAUGGCAGCAACACCCCAUCAUCUCACAGCAGACCGUGGCUAAAGUUAUUAAUGUCUCACUUAAGCAUUUAGCAGCUGCAAAACUUUUUCUGGAACAAAUGAGGGUAUGCAGGAAGUGCGAAAUUGGCUUUAGCAGUAGAUUGGAGAGCUGCCAUUGCAAUAACAGUUGCCAAAAAACACACAUUCAUUCAGAACGUAUCUGGCUAUGAUACAACUGGGCAACAUUUUUCUUAAUGUUGAACUGAGUGACAGUGCAUAGCAAAGCUUGGUUUGCCAGUCCGUUAAGCUGUAAGGAAAUUAUAUUUUUAAGAAAUUAAGACUUUUCUGGUAAUUUAAUCAUAGACUGACGACCGUUGGGACUUCAACAGAACUGAAAAGCUUUUUAGGGGAAAUCCUGAUUGUGUUCAACUUUGUACAGGCUUAAUUUUUUGCAGGUUAUAUAUAAAGCUUUUUAACGUGCAAACUUAUAGGUUUGAACAGAACUGACCAGGAUUUGUGAAUCAGUCAUUGAUAACAUGCAUUCUAAUCAGACGUGGUGCACUAAAGCUUCAAGCAAUAAAAGAGAUCUUUUAAGAGAAGUUUCCUAUACAGGGUUUAGAUUAAGCCAGGAUUAGGCCUUAGAUAUAUAUAAAUAUUACAUAGAAAUAUCUUUAAAAAACAUUUUUGUACAUCUUGACAAAACAAUGACAGUGAUACACUCUUAGGAAGGUUGUGUUCAUUUUUUACACAUCUUUGUGCAUUAAGCUUUUAACACAUUAUGUGUCAUUUUGUGUUGAUUUUGUGUUUUAAUAAAACACAAGUUGUUAAAAGUAAAAACUUUUAAGUGUUAAAAGUAACACAAAAUGUGUUGUUUCAAUAAUAACAUAAAGGUGGGUGGAUUUUGGGACAACACAUUUAGUGUGUUGUCCCAGAAUCAACACUAAUGUGUUGAUUUUAACACAUUCGUUCUAAGAGUGUAUAUGAAGAGUUUCGUUGCAAAACAAGAUAAAUCCGUUUUUAAAAUUUUUGUCAAAACAUUUUUAUUAUUAUGUUAUCAUUUUGUUUUAUGGUGCUACUUAGCUGUAUUUUUUAAGUUAUGAAGGUUUAAAUCAAAACAAACCAACUGCAGUUGAAUUGAUAUUAAUUGGAAUGCACAACCAAAAAACAAGAUUUCUGAAAAAUUAAAGUUAUCUCGUUUUGCAACGAAAAUACUUUUACAAUACUGUUAAUCCUGGCCUCAGACUAUUCAGAAAUACCAGUUUGUUGGCAAAAAGUCCCUCUAAGUGCACAGAAACAAUGGUGCAUGCAUUUUUUUACUUGGUUAAAGGGCGUUUACCAAAUAUUAGGACAUUGACUGAAUUUAUGAGACUUGUAUGUUUAUUCAGAAUGCACAGGGAAGAGUGACUAGAGAGAGAGAUAGCGUGGGAUUGGGAAACGACCGUGGAUCACGUUUAAACUUGGGUCCUGGGUGGGUUCAUAGACCUGAAUACAACCCGAAUGUGGCAGACACAUCAUCCCAGCUCCCUCUAUGUGUGGUUCUGUUUCUUCCUUUUUAUCUUUUUCUGUCUUUCAUCAUUUGCAAAGUUUCUACACUUUUAAAAACACUGGGUCAAAAAAACUAGGUGCAAUUAUAAGCUAGACUGGGUUGUUUUAACCCGUUGUUGGGCCAAAUAUAAACAUUUUCUGGGUUAAUUUUAAACCAAUAUCUUGGUUUGUCCCUUUUGGCCUAAUGCUGGAUUGAAAAAGUGUGUGAAAUUUUUAAAGUGUAGUUGCGUCUGUAGAGGUUUUUGCCAAUAAAAGCAUGCAUGCACUUAGAGGGUUUUGCAGCGAAAGACAGUACAUUUUGUGAAAAUAAGGACUAGUAACCUUUUCAUUGGUAUUAAAGUGAAAUUACUGAACCUAAACAUUAGAGCUUGAUAAAAAUGUCUCUUUUACAGGAUGAACACUUCAUAUAUAAAUAAUAUUAGUCUGGGACUAGUCUUAAGGCCUGUUUGGGAAACCACCCCAGUGUUUAUUUGUGCAGUGUUAUGCUGGAAAACCCUGCUAAUAGUAAAGUCUAACUGGUCUCAGAUCCUUCUCCAAACAGUAAUAUGAUUGGCUCAGACUGCUGUGGCACAAUGCUGUAAUGUUUAGUGUCAACAGACAAAGUGCUUGUUGCUAAACUCGUAUCAAGUAUCUGGUUAGGACGCUGUGUUAAGCUGCCUACUUAGAGGCUUUUGUAGCACUAAUGUGAAAAAAUAAUCUUCCUCUUUCUUGCUAUUUACUACUUUUUCCCACCCAGGUUAUUUGCUCCCUUUUAUUUAGACUCAAAACUCCUGCACCACUUGAACUGUGUUUAUUUAUUUAUAGUCAUGAAAGUCUGGAAGAAAUGACUGCUUUCUCUAAAAACCUUUCUGUUUGUAAAAGAAACACGAUCAUUUAUUAUCAACACGUCUGUGCCCUGACUGGAAUGACUGCAGAAAAGUUGCACUGAAAAUGUGUUAUUUGUGUACAGCAGAACCGCUCUUUAUUUACUUUGAACUGUUAUUGGUGAAGCUUUAAAAAUAUAUAUAUUUUUUGACUGUGUAGAGGCAUUCGUUCAAACAGUUGUGUCAAGUCGUGCUGUACUUUUUAACAUAAACACUAUCAUUAUUCACUGUUUGAAACAUAAUGGUUGUUCUGGUCUUUCUCUGUAGUAUAUUUAUGUGUUAUUUAAGUGAUUCUUGCAUGCAGAAACUCCAACCUGAGUUUGGUUUUAGUGAUACAUAAAUAAAAACAUUUCACUGAA